CCCGGCCCCGGCCCCCGUUCUCUCCUCAGUAAACUCGAAGUCCCCUGAUCUGCCUCUCUGGACUCUCUGUCUCUCUCCUCUGUCCGUCCGCAUUUCAGAACCCCGAGAACGAAAGAGGUUGCAGCUUCCAACAGAGGCGAUCACCAUGGAGGACGGAGCGCGGGAGGUGGAGCGGUGGGAGGGCUACGUGGACUGGCAGAACCGGCCGGCGACGAGGGGCCGGCACGGCGGCAUGCUCGCCGCCUCCUUCGUGCUCGCCGUGGAAGUGAUGGAGAACCUGGCGUUCCUGGCGAACGCGAGCAACCUGGUGACGUACCUGAUGCGGUUCAUGCACUACCCGCCGUCGCAGUCGGCGACGACGGUGACCAACUUCAUGGGCACGGCGUUCCUGCUCGCCCUCCUCGGCGGCUUCCUCUCCGACGCCUUCUUCACCACCUACACCAUCUACCUCGUCAGCGCCUUCAUUGAGUGCACGGGGCUGGUGAUCCUGACGAUCCAGGCGCGGACGCCGUCGCUGAUGCCGCUGCAGUGCGCCAACGUGGCGGCAGCCCCGUGCGCGCCCGUGUCGGGGGACAAGAAGGCGAUGCUGUUCGUGGGGCUGUACCUGACGGCGCUGGGCGUGGGCGGGAUAAAGGGCUCCCUGCCGUCGCACGGCGCGGAGCAGUUCGACGAGCACGCGCCGCGGGGGCGGAAGGGACGCUCCACCUUCUUCAACUACUUCGUCUUCUGCCUCUCCUGCGGCGCGCUCAUCGCCGUCACCUUCGCCGUCUGGGUCGAGGACAACAAGGGCUGGCAGUGGGGGUUCGGGAUCUCCACCAUCGCCAUCCUGCUCUCCAUCCCGGUCUUCGUUGCUGGGUCCAGGCUCUACCGCAACAAGGUGCCCACGGGGAGCCCGCUCACCACCAUCGCCAAGGUCAUCCUCGCCGCCGCGCUCGCGCGCCGCGGGGGCGUCCAGAGCUCCAGCAACGGCGCCGUCAUCGACCGCGCGCCCAGCCCGACGGGAAGCAGCGAAUUAAAGGAGUACUGUAAGUCCGGGGAGAUCUGCGACGCCGUCGACGAGGCGGUGGAGCCGUCCCAGGAGCUCACGUUCUUGAACCGUGCGGUGCGGUGCCAGCCGCGGUGCACGCGCCUGGUGUGCACGGUGCAGGAGGUGGAGGACGUCAAGAUCGUGCUCAUGGUGCUUCCCAUAUUCUUCUCCACCAUCAUGCUCAACUGCUGCCUGGCGCAGCUGUCCACGUUCUCGGUCGAGCAGGCGGCUACGAUGGACACGAGCGUGGGGAAGCUCACCGUGCCGCCGGCGUCGCUGCCGGUGUUCCCGCUCACGUUCAUCAUCCUCCUCGCGCCCGUCUACGACCACGUCAUCAUCCCGUUUGCGCGCCGCGUGACGGGGACGGAGAUGGGCAUCUCCCACCUCCAGCGCAUCGGAACCGGGCUGGUCCUCUCCAUCGUCGCCAUGGCGGUGGCCGCCGUCGUCGAGGUGAAGCGCAAGAACGUGGCGGCGGACGCCGGGAUGCUGGACUCGACGAAGCCGCUGCCCAUCACCUUCUUCUGGAUCGCGUUCCAGUACCUGUUCCUGGGGUCGGCGGACCUGUUCACGCUGGCGGGGCUGCUCGAGUUCUUCUUCAGCGAGGCGCCGUCCAGGAUGCGGUCGCUGGCGACGUCGCUGUCGUGGGCGUCGCUGGCGCUGGGGUAUUACCUGAGUUCGGUGCUGGUGUCGAUCGUGAACAGCGCGACGGGGCGCGGCGGGCACCGGCCGUGGCUGCACGGUGCCAGCCUGAACCACUACCACCUCGAGAGGUUCUACUGGGUCAUGUGCGUGCUCAGCGCGCUCAACUACCUCUUCUUCCUGUUCUGGGCCAUCAGGUACAAGUACAUAAACGCAGGGAAUAUCAAAGGGUAGUGCCAGCGCCAUUGCCAUUGUCGUGGAAGCGAGCGCUGCAGGGCGCAAGUGUUUAUAUAAGUGGCGGAGUAAAGAAAUUAGAGGUUAAUUUCUGCAGGGUAUUGAGGUACGGUGGUGGUUUGCUGUCAUGGAUUUUGUUGGUUGCUUCAACAAGUAAAUUAACAACAGUUGGCUUAAUUUGGGA